AUGGGAAACCUGAUUUUCCAGGUUCAGAAGCCCCAUAGUUCUAGAAAUACCAGAAACAUUAAACUGAGAAAGCUACAAGGACAUGUAAAAUUGCCAAGGGUAGUCUGCACAACGACCAAAAUAGUGGAGUUCGCGGUGGUGGGAUCGGAGCUGCUUUCCAUGUUCUGGUUCGGUUUCGGGUUCAGAGGGUUUGGACAGCUCGGAGAGGGAGAGGAACACACUUUACCCGUGCCUACACCGGUUCAAUUUUCGGGUUCAGACACCGAGAAGAAGCCGAUUAUCAGAGCGGCUCCCUCCUGGAGUUACUCGGCUUUUGUGACAGAGGAUGGCUGUUUGCUUCUGUCCGGAUUUGUUGGUGGAUCUCCCCAGCAGUGUCUCCGUUUCUAUGGAUUGGAUUGUCAGGAUGUCCUGCCAUCAGAGAAAUAUAUCAUUGUUCUAAUGAAGGACAGGGUGGAGUGCUGGAACACUGCCUGCAUAGAUCAAAAUGGAACCCUGCCAGAGCCCAUGUGGAAAAUGGAAGUGUCAACUGGAAACAAAUCGGUCUUUCCCUUGGUGGGCAAUGGAUACGUAUUGCUUCAGCCUCCAUUCUUCAGGGAGCUCCCACACACAGUGCAGGCUCAGAGGAUUGCUCUAGGGAAUGAGCAUGUUGUACUGCUGACCUCUGACGGAAACAUAAUGACCUGGGGAGCCGGCAGACAUGGGCAGCUGGGACACGGAGAUGUGGAAGAUGUAUGGGAACCUCGCGUAGUUGAAGCGUUACAUGGGGUACCAAUGAAAGAAGUGGCAGCUGGAGGUUGGCAUUCAGUCAGUAUCAGUGAAGGUGGAGAUGUUUAUUGCUGGGGAUGGAAUGAAUCUGGGCAGCUUGGACUUCCAUCAAGGACAUUAGCACAAGAGAGAAUGAUCAUACAGGAUGCAAGUGCAGAGGGUGAUGAUGAAGACAGUGAGUACAUUGCAGUCCAGUCCUUCCCAGCUUUGAUUGACCUCCCUCAGGAAUCGGAAGCUUCAAAGAUAAGCUGUGGGUCACGUCACACGGCUGCAGUAACAUGUUCUGGUGAAUUGUACACCUGGGGGUGGGGACGAUACGGCCAACUUGGCCAUGAGGAUAUGAAGAGCUUGGAUCAUCCAACACGUGUGGAUUUUUUCCCCCAGAAAAAGAUAUGCGUUAUAGAUGUGAUUUGUAGACAUUGGAAUACGUAUGUGCUGUGCAAGGAAACGUAA